AUGCGCGCCUCUUCGAUACUCGCUGUAGGCGUCAGCGCUCUCGCCUGGGCCACCGACGCUGCCGGCCUACACCGUCGCCAGGGAUCGGCUCCUUAUUGCCCGCCUCGCUCAGCAACACCAGAGGAACAACGAGUCAUUUUGGGAGAAUUCAUUCAGGCUUUCUACGUGGACAGAAACGCUACCAAGGCCCUGCUCAACCACGUUUCGGAGGACUACAUUCAGCACAACCCAAGCGCCCUCUCAGGUCGACAAAACACUCUAGAUGUCCUUGGACCUUUCGUAUCCCCGAAUACCGUUAAUAACACGAUCAUGAAUAAGGGCUUCGAGAAUAACGUUGCGUUUAUUCACUACCGAAUGGAUGUUGUAGGAGGCGGACAGCCCUUUGCUGUUGUCGAUGUCUUCAGGUUCGACGGCACCUGCAUCAUGGAGCACUGGGAUGUGGCGCAGCAACGCCCUGCCAACGCGACCAACCCUCUGGCGAUGUUUUAA